GUUUACAUACACCCGAGUUGUUCUAGAUAAUGGCACCCGGUAUGAAAAAUCCAUGAAAACUGUCGUUAGAUAUCGCAGAUCAUCGCAUGAUGUAUGAUAUUGCGUAAUUAUCCUGGAUUUCCAAACUAACUUUGAGGGUCGCUAAUUAGAACGCGGAUCGCUCGAAAAAAUAGAUUUAUCAUCUUCUGAGGUCUCUAAUUAUUAGCCUAAAAGCCUGUCAAAAUCCUGAGAAAUGGACAGUACAGAGGAGGACUUGAUCCGCCCCAUAUUUAAGAACGGCAGGUACCAGAACCCCUUUGACACCUGGGAAGACACCCCAGGGAUGGGAACAUUUCUGAAACUCAUGAGAAGUGAAGAUCACAGCAACAUUCCGAGUCAAAGGGAAUUGGACAAGACUCUCCCCGUAGAGACCCCUGAUUUCCAGAAACUGAAAAACCCACCAGAAUCGGACAUUCAGAUCAUGUGGAUAGGCCACGCCAGCGUUCUAGUACAGAUGGAUGGACUCACAAUUCUCGCAGACCCAAUAUUUAGUGACAGGUGUUCCCCCGUGCAGUUUCUGGGACCCAAACGAUAUCGACCCCCACCCUGCAAAGUUAAAGACUUGCCCCACAUAGACGCAAUCAUCAUUAGCCACAAUCACUACGAUCACCUAGAUCAUGGAAGCGUUAAGAGCCUCAAUUCCAAAUAUGACAACACGAUCACGUGGUUCGUUGCCUCGGGAACGAAGGAGUGGAUGAUCAACGCAGGUUGUAAAAAUGUGGUGGAGCUGUCGUGGUGGGAGGAGGCAGAAUUCCCAGGGAGACCCGAUUUUAAAUUCGCUAGUGUACCAUGCCAACAUCGUUGUGAACGAACCUUGUGGGAUUCAAUGAAGGCGCUCUGGUGUAGUUGGAUUGUAAAAGGACCUCGACACAGCUUCUACUUUGCUGGAGACACUGGUUACUGCAGUGGGUUCAAACAGAUUGGCAGAAAAUAUGGUCCUAUCGACUUUGCAGCAAUUCCCAUUGGCGCAUAUUAUCCAAGAUGGUUUAUGAGGCCUAUGCACGUUGACCCGGAAGAAGCAGUGAAGGUAUACGAGGAUGUCAAAGCGAGACACGCCCUGGGAAUCCACUGGGGAACCUUCAAAAUGACACGGGAGUUUUACCUGGAGCCCCCAGUCAAGCUUGGAGAAGAGUUGGAUAAAAAGAAAAUCGACAGAGAGAAAUUUUUCACACUUCGUCACGGUCAAGUGCACACGAUCGGACAACCAAUCCCGUCUUGACAACGGUGACGUCACGCUACUGACGUAAACAUAGUAUUUAUAGGUGAUAGAGCACUACCUCUUAGGAUAUUAACAAUAUUAAGUUUGUUUAAACACAUAUAUUAGGCUACAUGAAAACCAUUUUCAAAUCUGUAUAACCAGAUUCAUUUAAGAAAUCUUAGGAAAAUUAUUAAUGCAUUGUGCAGUCAAAGAAACUUCAAAAUGCAUAUAAAAUUGUUUUUGUUAAUAUUUACCAUUUUCUUUUUCUCGAUAAUUUUGUAACUGGGUAUUUUUGUAUAAAAUCAUUAGUAAUCAAAGUCAUAGAGUCAAUCGGUGUAAGCAUUCCUUGAUGCACUGUGUUUUUACUCUGCAUGCUUGCGUGUGGUAAACCAUGUUUGACCGUCGCCUCUCGGGGAAAAAUUAUUUAACAAACGAGGGAAAGGGGGGGGGGGUUGUUACUAUUUAAUAAUGUAAAACAUCCAAAUAUUUAUUGGACACAACUAACUUACUGUGAUAUAUUUGUGUAUAGAUAUUUUGUAGAUUUCCUGACUGAUUGAUUGAUCGAUAUAUCGAUGUAUCAAUUGUUUCAGUCGAUUAUAUAGUUGGAUUGUUGAUUGAUCUUUUUAUUGGAUGGUACAUGUCAUUGGUGGUGCGCUAAUGCAAUUUGGAAAAAUUCUGUCAAUUUCAAUAUAUGAUUCCAUACUUAUAACUGUAUACAGGGAAAUUUUCGCCCCCGUUUUAUUUUCGCCCUUAUCGCCCUCGUUGUCUGGGGAUGAAUUUAAGACUGGGCGCAUGCCAAGGUCGUAAAUUAUCUCUUUAAACAAACCUAUGUCUUGGCGAAUAUCAAGACAGGGCGAAAUCGUUCGCAAGUAAAGAAAGGCAAAAAUUACACGGGGCGAAAAUAACCUUGUAUACAGUAAUAAAAACAGAGCAAUGUAAAUUGAAGAUGUAACAUAUUUUAAAUACUAGUGUUUUAGACGUUCAUCAUGCAUGUAAUGUGUCUUUGUUAAUGAGCACUGUCCGUUUUUCGUAUUGAAGCAAGUAUUUGACAUAUUUUACAUACUAUUUAUUUUCUAUAUUUUUAUGUUGCUACAUUUUUUUAAAAUUUAUUUAUUUUUUAUCAUCACCAUGACUUACUUGUACAUAUUUGUGAACUUAAAUUUUUAAAGAUUCAUUUGUUUAUACGAUGUCAUCUUUGUGAUCAAUUUCCUAGUCACCAGAGGGGGAAGUGAGAGGGUAGCAGAGAGGGUGAAAGAUUCAUGAAGUAAUGAUAAAAAAAACUUAAUUUUUUUUCACGAUUUCAUGUAUAUGUGAUUUGUUUUAACGAAUACGUGAUGAUUGAAUGGAAUAAAUUAAUUUUUGAUCAGAUUAAAAACAUGACUGAAAAUAUAACGAAACUUUGUUUUAAUUGUUUUUGUUUGCUGAUUGUAAUUGUGCAGCAUUGUCAAAUGUUACUUUUAAAAUUAUGAAUUAUCACAAAUUGUCUUGUAAGCCAGAUCGAUAAACGAAAAUUCUCA